CACUCCUCCCAUGCAAAUACCCACAGGAAAAUAGCCAUUGCUAAUCGCGAUCGCCUGAUCCAUCCGGGCGAGACUUAUCGCCGCAUUUCAGGCAAGUGGUUGACGAUGGACGGGGCUCGGCCAUCCCGUCCCGACCGGCCGUAUCAGCGCACGUACAAGGCAUGCAUCCCUUGUCGGCAACGCAAGGCAAAGUGCGAUCUGGGAACGGGUCCGGACGGCUUACCGAUCGGCCCACCAUGCGCGCGAUGUCGCAGGGAGAUGAGAGAGUGUGUUUUCCCGGAGAAACGGGCCUGGGAGAGGUCCCGCAAGCGCGGACGAUCUCUCGAGGACAACGAGACCGAUAUAUCGCCGAGUGAGGACCAGUUUCAAGGUGCUGUCGUCUCCCCGGGCGAUACUAAUAGGCAGUUUCCGCAAGGCCAUCAAACUGUUCAGUACCCGCAGGACUCGACGAGUCCCUUUCAACGGGGAUGGACCUUUGCGCGACCCAAUCCAUCGCCACACAAUGAUCAUAGUUCUCAGAUCGGCAUUAGUCCCCAACCGAUGGCCGAUGCCAGUAUACAUGCGCAAACUUCCCCGGCUCAUUCAUAUCAAGAAAAUCGGCAUCGUUCUAGCUCUAAUUUGGCAAGCUCGAUGAUGCGAACAGUCGUCGCGAGUGGUAACGAUGCUUUGAGUAUUCUGUUUGAAGCAGCAAAUCGUCAGGAGGACAAUCAACCAAGUGAUGAGAGUCCACCUCGUGGAGCUGGAUUGAAAUCAGGUGGCUCCAACGGUCAUCAACGAGCAACGCCAAAGAACUUUGAAAGUCCGGCGGCCUUUGAGAACGUUUCACGGGUAAAACGCCCAGUGGAAAUAUCAGAGGUAGCACCCGAAACUCUACAGAUAUGGGAGGCAUGCCGCUUUGUCAAGAUGGGUUGGUUCACUGCGAGGGAAGCGGUAACCUUCAUUGAUUUGUUCUACAAAAACAUGUCCUGUCUAUCACCCAUAUUAACAGACUUUUAUGCCAAUCACCAGAAUCACCUUACGAUGAUCACCCGCGAACCUGUAUUGUGUUCAACGAUCCUUAUGAUUUCUUCACGUUAUCACGUUCUUCCAGGCGCAGGUGGAGAGUCAAGGAACUUCUUCAUUCAUCAUCGACUCUGGCAACACUGCCAGCAACUGACAAUGCGGCUCAUUUUCGGGCAAGAAAAGUCUACAAAAUCUAAGAUCAGGAGUCUUGGCACGGUAGAAGCCCUCUUGCUCAUGGCUGAAUGGCAUCCUCGCUCUCUACACUUUCCUCCUGAAACGGAUGGCUGGGAUGAUGAUCUGAUCUCUGUAGAUCCUAAACUUGCAAAUCAUUCCGAGUCUCAAGAUACCUCAGCAAACCGAUGGGUUGAGGAUAUGAUCGAGCCAUCUAGGAGGUCCGAUCAAAUGUCCUGGAUGCUGCUUGGAUGCGCGCUCUCUCUAGCACAUGAAUUAGGUAUCUUUGAGACGGAGGAGAUCGACAACCCUGGUGAUGACCAACAAUGGAGAGAACAAAUCAAACUCCGACGACAGCGAGUCCAACGGCUUCUCUAUGUCUAUAUCAAUCAACUCGCUUGGCGGAUUGGCUGCAUGUCCCCAAUUCCUCAAUCACUCAACCAUGCAGUCCUAGGCGGGCGUAAGCCUCGCGGUCUAAGUCAACCUGGAAGCACCUGGCUGAUAUUCAUGGAUUCUUGGAUCGAACUCACCAAGCUGGCGCAAUCCGUCACAGACAUGUUCUUCCCCUCUGCAAAGUUUGCUCGUCAGCAACUUCAUAGUGGUCGUUAUGUCGGACUGUUAGAGCAUUUCCGGCCCCUGCUCAAUCAAUGGAAGGACAAAUAUCUCCAGCCGCAUAAUCUCGACACGGCAUUCUACAAUGAUCUCUUCAUUGAGUACCAUUUCGUCCGCGUGUACACCCAUUCAGUCGGCAUGCAAGCCGUUGUGGAGCGUGCAGUAGCAGACGCCGAUCUCAACAACCUCGAUGACGUCCGACCGAUGACCAUCGACCCGACCGACUAUGAGUAUAUCCAAGAAGUGAUUGAUGGCUGUUGCCAAAUACUCCAAAAGGUCACACACCUCGCAGAGGUGGGCGCCCUACGAUUCUCGCCAGUCCGCAUCGUCCUUCGCAUUACCAGCGCUUCGAUUUUCUUAAUGAAAGCACUCAGCCUGGGUACCCGGCAAGCAACACUCCGAGAGUCAUUAGAAGUCCUCGAGAGGAGCAUCAGUGCUCUCAAAUCUAAUGCACUCGACGACGUCCAUCUAAGCACUCGCUACGCCACACUCCUAGACAUGCAUGUCUCACGCCUCCGACAAAACCUCCUAGCUUCCUCCAAGGCUAUUAAAAACAAUGUCAACAACAAUUUUAACAAUAGUCGAACUGCUACUAGUCGAUCAUCUAUGGGCCCUCCUCCCUGGCCAGAAAAUACCGACCGCUCCAAUACAGCCAACACCCCCUUGUCACAAGAUUUGACGUCUGAUUUGGGAUACAUACCAUCUCUGAAUGAUAUGGCGGAUGACUGGCUUUCAUUGCCAUUUGAUCCUUCAAUGGCACCUUUCGGAAUGAGUAAUAAUGGUCAAUUUCCGAUUUAUGAAGGUGGUGGGCUGGAUUUUAUCUGGAAUCUUCCUUCCUAAAUAUGUCUCGUGUACAUAACCAAAUAGCAAGAUACCCGCAGCGUCAAUUCACUGGCCAAUGUUCCAGAAGAGUACAAAUGGAGCAGCCCCGAAAUUGUUCUUGGGCUAGUUUCACGUC